AUGUCAUCUCUCACUAAUCAAAUAGCUGCAUCAACUUCACAUGGAUCGCAAAAGAAAGCAGAAUCUAUUCUAGCUACAUCCACUGCAUACCAGAAAGCUAAAAGGGAGAAUGAACAACUUCAGUAUGUGAACGAUCAACACUUCAAUAAAAAGGAAAACUACUCUGGAAACAACUACUAUCAGGGUAAUCAUGCAUCUGAACGAAAGCCAUCACUAGAAGAUAUUUUAGGAACCUUCAUUUCAGAGUCCAGAUCGAGGUUCAACAAAGAUAAGAAAGGAAAUUUUUCCAGUGAUAUGGAGGUCAACCCAAGAGAACACUGCAAUGCUAUCACCUUAAGGAAUGGUAAAGUAGUUAAAGAACGCAAGCCUAGAGAGGUUGUGGUGCCUAUAUCGGAUCACAUACUUGUAAGGGAAAAACAGACUGAGAAGCAGAAAAUUGAGGCAGAGGUAAAAAAGAAGAUUUAUAAGCCUUACUCAAUUUUAUUUUCGGACAACCCACCUAUCUUGAAGCCCCCACUACCUUUCCCACAAAAGUAUUUGAAAAAAGAGUUUGAUGAGAAAUUCGUAAAGCUUCUGGAGAUCUUCAAGAAAAUCCACGUCAACAUUCCCUUUGCAGAAGCCUUGGCCCAAAUGCCUAACUAUGCCAAGUUCGUAAAGGAAGUGAUGUCAAAAAAGAGAAAGUUGGAGGAGUUUGAGAAUAUUAAGCUGACAGGGAAGUGUCGUGUCAUACUUCAGAAGAAACUCCCUCACAAAUUGAAAGAUUUGGGCAGCUUCAAUAUCCCGUGCAAUAUUGGUGGUACCACGUUUGAUAGAACACUACAAAUCGAUCACAUAUCCCAAGGGCAUUAUCGAAGAUGUGUUGAUAAGGUUGAUAAGUUCAUCUUUUCGGUGGACUUUGUGGUAUUCGGUAUGGAAGAGGAUGAAAAAGUAUCAUUGAUUCUUAGUCGACCUUUCCUGGCUACUGAAAGAGCAUUGAUUGAUGUGCGAGAAGGAAAAUUGACACUACAGGCUAAUGAAGAGCAAGUAAUUUUCAACAUCCAUCAAGAAAAGAAAGCCCAGAAAAAGGAAAAGUUGACAUUUGCAAGAUGA